AUGACAAGAAAAGGAGAGGGUGCAUUUUGGAUUUUCACAUUUUUCUGCUUCUGGAACAGUGCGAUCUGCUUGCUUUCUUCUACAGGCGUAAACUUUGAAGUCCAAGCUUUAAUGGGCAUAAGAGCUGGUUUGAUAGAUCCUCAUGGUGUUCUUGAUAAUUGGGAUGGUGACUCUGUUGAUCCAUGUAGCUGGACUAUGGUCACUUGUUCUGCUGAAAGUCUUGUCAUUGGCCUAGGAACUCCAAGUCAGAAUUUGUCUGGUAUUCUUUCUCCAAGCAUUGGGAAUUUAAAAAAUCUUCAAAUUAUCUUAUUACAGAACAACAACAUAACAGGAUCAAUCCCAGCAGAACUUGGAAGACUCUCAAAGCUCCAGACUCUUGAUCUUUCAGAUAACUUCUUCACUGGUAGUAUUCCACCUUCUCUGGGGCACUUGAGAACCCUUCAAUACAUGAGGCUCAACAAUAACAGUCUAUCUGGAGAGAUUCCAAUGUCAUUAGCCAACAUGACGCAGCUUUCUCUCGUGGACUUGUCUUUCAAUAACUUGACGGGCCCUUUACCCAGAUUCCCCUCCAAGUCUUUCAAUAUUUUUGGGAACCCUUCAAUAUGCCCAACAGGGUCAGAGCCGCCGUGCCAUGGAAUAACAUUAAUGCCAAUGUCCAUGACAAUGAACAAUUCAGAAACUGCUUUGUCUUCUGGGAGACAAAAAAGCCACAAUUUUGCACUUGCCCUUAGUUCAAGCAUUGGGUGCAUCGGUUUGCUUCUCCUCGGAUUCGGGCUGUUUCUGUGGAUGCGACGAAGGCAAAAACAGCAGAAAAAUUUUGAUGUUAAAGACAAGCAUCACGAAGAAAUUUCUCUUGGAAACUUGAGGAGGUUUCAACUUAGGGAACUUCAGAUAGCAACCAACAACUUCAGCAGUAAAAACCUUCUGGGAAAAGGUGGGUUUGGAAAUGUCUACAAGGGGUAUCUUCUAGAUGGGACUGCCGUGGCUGUAAAGAGGCUGAAAGAUGGCAGUGCCACUGGAGGGGAGAGACAAUUUCAAACAGAAGUUGAGAUGAUAAGCCUAGCAGUGCACCGGAACCUUCUUAGGCUAUAUGGAUUCUGUAUGACUUCCACCGAAAAGCUUUUGGUGUACCCAUAUAUGUCUAAUGGAAGUGUUGCUUCUCGACUCAAAGCAAAACCAGUCUUGGACUGGGGCACGAGAAAGCGAAUUGCAUUAGGAGCCGCAAGGGGACUGCUAUAUCUCCAUGAGCAAUGUGAUCCAAAGAUAAUUCAUAGGGAUGUGAAGGCUGCAAAUAUUCUGCUUGAUGACUAUUGUGAAGCAGUGGUGGGAGAUUUUGGGUUAGCAAAGCUUUUGGAUCACCAGGAUUCACACGUUACGACAGCAGUACGGGGCACUGUAGGGCAUAUAGCCCCCGAGUAUCUCUCAACUGGACAGUCUUCUGAGAAAACAGAUGUUUUUGGAUUUGGGGUCCUACUACUUGAACUGAUCACGGGUCAUAGAGCUCUUGAAUUUGGCAAAGCAGCUAAUCAGAAAGGAGCAAUGCUUGAUUGGGUGAAGAAACUUCACCAAGAGAAGAGUCUUGAAUUGCUGGUCGAUAAAGAUUUUAAAAACAACUGCGAUAUGAUAGAGCUAGAGGAAAUGGUUAAAGUGGCUCUCUUAUGCACUCAAUAUCUUCCAAGCUAUAGACCAAGGAUGUCGGAAGUUGUUCGAAUGCUUGAAGGUGAUGGACUUGUUGAAAGAUGGGAAGCAUCUCAGAGAGUACAAACGAGCAAGUAUAAAACACAAGAGCUCAUCUUAUCAGAACGAUAUUCAGACCUCACAAACGACUCUUCAUUACUCGUACAAGCCAUAGAGCUCUCUGGUCCAAGCAAAUCUCUUGGGGGAGCUAUUAUAAGCAGUCUGGUUAUGAAGACUAUCCAGCAUUAUGUUCAGCUCCGGGUAAAACUUCUCUUGAUUCGGGACUUUUUCCUUACUAUAACUCCAGUGGAAAGGAGAAUAUGCAAGAGUUCCAUAUAUAGCCUCAUUGGAGUAUCGUACCAUGCAAAAUUCGUGCCAUAA